CCGCGGGGCGGCGGGCAGAGGCGCGGCGGGCGCGCGGGAACCAUGACAGAAGAUGACCGAGGCGGCGCUGGUGGAGGGCCACGUCAAGCUGCGGGACGGCAAGAAGUGGAAGAGUAGGUGGCUGGUGCUGCGCAAGCCGUCGCCGGUGGCAGACUGCCUACUGAUGCUGGCCUACAAGGACAGGUCAGAGCGAGCCCGAGGGAUGCGGGAGCGCAGCAGCCUCGCGCUGGAGGACAUCUGCGGCCUAGAGCCCGGCCUGCCCUACGAGGGCCUGGCCCACACGCUGGCCAUCGUCUGCCUGUCGCAGGCCGUCAUGCUGGGCUUCGACAGCCGGGAGGCCAUGUGCGCCUGGGACGCCCGGAUCCGCCACGCGCUGGGUGAGGUGCACAGGUUCCACGUGACCGUGGCUCCAGGCACCAAGCUGGAGAGCGGACCCGCCACCCUGCACCUCUGCAAUGACAUCCUCGUCGUGGCCAGGGACGUCCCUCCGGCCGUCACGGGGCAGUGGAAGCUGUCGGACCUCCGGCGCUAUGGGGCCGUGCCCAGCGGGUUCAUCUUUGAAGGAGGGACCAGGGGCUGGGGUCUUCUUCCUGUCCUCGGCCGAGGGAGAGCAGAUCAGUUUCCUGUUCGACUGCAUUGUCCGCGGCAUCUCCCCGACCAAGGGCCCCUUUGGGCUGCGGCCUGUUCUCCCAGACCUGAGCGCCGGGGGCCCGGCCGUGGAGGAGCGCGUGGCCCAGGAGGCCCUGGAAGCCCUGCGGCUGGAGAAGCGGCUCAGCCUUCUCUCCCACUCCGGCUGGCCGGGCAGCGCAGGGGACGACCGCAGCCUGUCCAGCUCGUCGUCAGAGGCCAGCCACUCAGACGUCAGCGCCAGCAGCCGGCUCGUGCCGUGGCCAGAGCCGUCCCCGUCCUCGGCGGGUGCGUCGCCGGAGGGUCUCGGGCUGGCGGCCGCCCAGGCCCCCGGGGAGGCCACAGCAGGUGCCUCAAGGCCACCCCCCAGGCCGCUGCGGCCACGGCAGCUACAGGAGGUCGGCCGCCAGAGCUCCUCGGACAGCGGCAUCGCCACGGGCAGCCACUCCUCCUACUCGGGCAGCUUCUCGUCCUUCGCAGGCAGCAGCCUGGACGUGUGGCGCGGGGCCGAGGAGCUGGGCUCUCUGCUCAGUCUGCCGGGAGGCGUGGUGCCCGAGCCCGGCCUGUGCGCCUGCGCCCCCGGGGCGGCCGAGUACCAGGUGCCCACCGCGCCGCGGCCCCACUACGACACGCCCCGCAGCCUGCGCCAGGCGGCCCGGGACCAGCCCCCUGCCACACAGGGCAGCGCCAGCGACGGAGCUGCCGGGGACUCGGGCGGCCGGCUGGCGGCGGGGUGUCCCUCCGGCUGGCUGGGCGAGCGACGGCGGGGACAGGCGACAGAGGCCCCGUCGGGGCCGGGCGAGCCCUGGGAAGCGGGCGCCCCCCACGCGGGGCCCCCUCCGGCUCUCUUUUCCGCGUGUCCCGUCUGCGGAGGACUGAAGGUAAAUGCGCCUCCCUGAGGGCGGCGGCUGCGGGGUGGGCGGUGCCCUCGUGGGGCUGCCCUCGUGCCGUGGGGCGGCCUGGGGGCCUGGGGGUCCAGCCUGCAGGGAGGGCCGCGGACGCAGCUGGAAGUGCGUUCUGGAAGGUGGGAGGCUGGUGGGGGGCCGGGUCCGGGGCAGAGCCCAAGGACCAGGUGCCCAAAUCAAACAGGAGCCUGAGACUAACCUCCCUGCGCGUUGCGUUGUGUCCAAGGGGCUUCACCUGCUUGCGCGCACAGGUGGUCUGUCCUUUGGGGGGUUUGCUGAGGCCCAGGAGGCCCCGGGGACUGUUGGGGGUCUGGCUCUCGGGACCCCGGGACCCCGACGGCUCACUCACAGCCGCCAUUUUCUGAACCUGCGCGCUCCAGGGGGAGGGGCGGGCGGGGAAGGGCAGGGUCGGGGUCACUUGCCGGGAGCCCCGGGACAGCGCGGGCCGCGGGCGCCCCCCUCCGCCCUGUUGGCUGAGCCAGGGGCUGGUGGUCAGGACCAGAGGACGCAGGGCUCGGGCUGGCGUUCGCAUUCAGGGGCCCCAGGCACUGCCGGUGGGCCGCCUGCGGGCGUCGCGCUUCCUACACGCCCUCCGCCGUCGGCUCGGCCUGCUCUCCUGCAUGGAUUUUGGCUGCGUGGCCUGGUUUGUCCAUUCGCGCUACGAUUCCAGAUGCCCGCGUGGAAGGCGAGGCCCGUGUCCGUCCGAUCUGGGCUCCGGCCGGCUGCGUCCCGCACACAGCUCAGCUGUAACUGUUUCGCUUUGUACCUUCACUGCUGGCUGAAGCCGUUUGUUGCUCUUCACACCUGACACUGUUUGUAAUACAUUCUUAGACUGGAAAUAAAA